CCACCUACUUUCAGCACAAGGUAGGAUGGAGCAGGGAAGGCAAAUCAGUCUCCAGAUACACACCAGAGCGCAUAGUUCAGGCUGGAAUAGCUCCUCACAAAUUGCAUCGCGCGGCGGCUAUCAUUCUCACGGGAGUUCCACGUACUGUUAUCCAUCGCCGUUUGCGCACGGCCACCACCUCAUCACCGCCCUGGGCUAUGACCACGGCCCUGUGGUCCACAUAGGAGCUGAUACAAGCUAUACAAUCCAAUGGGUUAUACGCAUGCAGGACGCUCUAUUCACAGCGUACGCACACCCCGCUGCCUAUCGGUAUGGUGACAUCAACCAAUAAAUAAUGCAGUACUGCCGGGGUGUACUGUACCCUGGUUUCUGGGUCCUGCAUGCGCAUGCAGCAGUAGCAUAAUUUCACAGGGCCGCGGACAUAUAGGCAGCCGUAAAAGCACUGGCUACCGUGGAGGGGCUCGAAAAACUCAUUCAGAGGCGACCGAAUACCGUCGAGUAGGGGCCCCUCGAAUGGACCCUCCAUCCCAAAGGGCGGUGUAUCAGGUCUCUUCGGUGGCAUCGUCUGUAAAAAUGUCAGUUUCUUUAAUAAAUCUGUUUAAAGCAAAUAAAAAAA